AUGACUGAAACGCAUUACAGAACGUCGGAGGAAGAGUGGGAUCGCCACAAGGACAUCAUCCGGAACCUUUAUGUUGAAGAAAACAAGACCUUGGAGGAGCUUAUGGCGCUUAUGUUGCGUGAUCACAGCUUUCGUGCUACGAAAAAGAUGUACAAAAUGAGAUUCGCUAAAUGGGGCCUCCAUAAAUACAACAGAGAGGACGAAAUGAUGGCUAUCCUCUCUAAAAAGACCGAACGGGCCGCCGUUGGCAAGAAGUUCGCGUUCCAGCUCCGAGGACGCCAGGUAGACAUGGAAAACGCCGAACGCUACCUCAAGCGCAAGGGCAUCACCACUCGAGAUAUCAUGGCCUGGAGGGCUACAGGUGCAACCACGCCACCAGGUCUGCGUUGCUAUACUCCAGAGUUUAUACGGCCAUAUCCCGCAGCCCCGAAGAUGUUCCACAUUCCGGAAAGUCUUUCGCUGAUAUCCGAACUUAUUUUAUGGGUUCAUUCGAAGCGGGAACGUGGAUUUCGAAUGGUGUUGAGCAUUUAUGCUUCAGCAUUAAGGCAAAUCAUACCUCCUCCAAGGUAUUUGAAGAUAUUCGUCAAAAUCUCAUAUCAGCCUGCCUUCUCAUUAGCGAGCAAUUAUACCCCAAAGCAUUUACCCAGCUUGAAUCUAGCCUUUGGGGAUCCUGAGCUUGUCGAGAUUCUUCUCAAGCAGUUUGCGGAAAUGUCUGCGGUCAUACUACGCACACCAGCGCAUCCGAUGUCUCGUAUAUUUGCUGGUCUAUGUCGCCUGGAACUGCCCCAAUUUGAAGAGGUGGCUCUCAAAGCCUGGGAUUGCAUGAACGACGUGUUUCAGAAGGUUCUCGGUCCAUCACACCUGGGCACUUUGACGAGCAAGCUCGACAGGCUUAGUACUGCGACGACCUCACUCGACACGGAAAAUCCAGAUGGCCAUCUUGAGAUCAUAUUGAAUUCAGGCCGGGAAGAAUCUGGAAGUGACGCGUUGCGCUCAAUUGCGGUACUCCAGGGUCUAGGCACUUAUUUUGUCAACCGCAAGCGGUAUGCUGAACUCCAAGAAACAGGUGGCGACAUCGUUAACUGUGUCAAAAAUUGGGAUCCGGGGGACCCUGAAGGUACAAGAUUAUAUCGCUGCGGUUUCGAUUUCAUGGCUACAGCACAAUUCGCAUUAGGUCAAUAUAAGCAAGCUAUGUCGUCCUUCGGACUUCUUGUCGACCUUGCCUCAGCAGACUUAUGUUCGGAAAACUCACAGGCGUGGGAAUAUCAGGCCAAGUUCGAGGAAUGCUUACGCAAAAUGAGCAGUCAUGUCGAACGAGAAUCCGGGCCAGCUCCCGUCCCUUAG